AUGAGUGGUAGAUCUGUGCAUUCUGUUUUGGUUGGGCUUGUGUGCCUGGCCCUUGCCUCUGCUAUUUGUUGUUCAAGUGUUGGAAGCUCCAACAACAUUAUGUGCUUGGAGAGUGAAAGACAUGCUCUUCUCCAGUUCAAACAAGGCCUUGUGGAUGAGUCCAAUGCUCUUGCUUCUUGGGAAAACAAGAAAGAUUGCUGCAAGUGGAGAGGAAUAGCGUGCAACAACCAAACAGGUCAUGUCACAAGACUUGAUUUGCCCUUUAUAUCUUUCAAUUAUACUGAAGUUCCUUUAAGAGGUGAAAUUAGUCAUUCACUACUUGAAUUGCCAUAUCUAAAUUACUUGGACCUCAGUUAUAAUGAUUUUGGAGGAAUGAUCAUUCCCAAGUUCAUUGGCUCUUUGAGUCAAUUGAAAGAACUCAAACUUGCAGCUGCUGAUUUCAGUGGACCUGUUCCUCCCCAACUUGGAAACCUCUCUAAUUUGCAUACUCUUGAUCUUUCCUUCAAUGAUUUUGAAGGAAUGAUGGUUCCCAAAUUCAUUGGCUCUUUGAGUCAAUUGAAAGAACUCAAACUUGCAGCUGCUGAUUUCAGUGGACCUGUUCCUCCCCAACUUGGAAACCUCUCUAAUUUGCAUACUCUUGAUCUUUCCUUCAAUGAUUUUGAAGGAAUGAUGGUUCCCAAAUUCAUUGGCUUUUUGAGUCAAUUGAAGGAACUCAAACUUGCAGCUGCUGAUUUCAGUGGACCUGUUCCUCCCCAACUUGGAAACCUCUCUAAUUUGCACACUCUCGAUCUUUCCGUGAACCAUGAUGCUAGUUCUGAAAACCUUGAGUGGUUAUCUCAUCUUUCUUCCUUGAGAUACCUGAACAUGGCACGGCUGAAUUUGUCUGAGGCUGUGAAUUGGCCACAAUCUUUAAGCAAGCUCACUUUACUGACAGAGCUUCAGUUAUCCCAGUGUAACCUUCCUGAUGUCAAUCUAAGAUCACUUUCCUUUAUUAAUUCUUCCACCUCUCUUCAACUCCUUGACCUCUCUUGGAACUCUCUUAAUUCUUCAAUAUUUUAUUGGAUAGCCAAUGUCAGUAGCAACUUUGUCCAUAUUGAUCUCUCUUUCAACAAUCUCGAAAGUCCCAUCCCAGAUGUCUUCACAAGCAUGCUUUCUCUAGUAACACUAUAUCUGUCUUCGAAUCAACUUGAAGGUCUCAUCCCAGAUGUCUUCACAAGCAUGCUUUCUCUAGUAACACUAGAUCUGUCACGGAAUCAACUUGAAGGUGGGAUACCAAAAAGCUUUCAAAACUUAUGCAGCUUAGAAUCGUUGACCUUAUGGUCAAACCAAUUGUCUGAAAACAUUGAGGACUCUGUUAAAACCUUGUCUUGUGCUGAGAACACACUUGAGACCUUGCACUUGUGUUUGAACCAACUUUGGGGGUCCUGGCCAGAUUUGAAACGUUUUUCAAAGUUAAGAGAGUUAGAUCUUUCCAUUAAUCAACUAAAUGGCUCUGUACCCGAGAGUGUCGGGCAACUCUCUAGCCUUGAAUUUUUAUCUCUCGGGGGUAAUUCUUUCACUGGUGUCAUAACAGAAUCCCACUUUCUGAACCUCUCUCGUUUACAGAUUUUGGAGCUUUCUGGUAAUCGUUUCUCUAUCAACCUGAGCUCUGAUUGGAAUCCACCAUUUCAACUUGGUUUGUUAGGCAUGUCCUCUUGCAAGGGAAUUGUGAUAUUGCGUUUACGUGAUAACAACUUUUCAGGUGAAUUGCCUUCUUUAGAGAACUGUACCAGAUUAUCGAUAGUUGACCUUGGCAACAAUAACUUGUCGGGAAAGAUUCCAACAUGGAUUGGCCAAAGCCUACCAAAGUUGGUGAUUCUACGCUUACGGUCUAAUGAGUUCAGUGGAAUCAUACCCUUGUCCUUGUGCACUCUAGCUGCCAUUCAUGUAUUGGACCUCUCUCACAACAACAUUUCCGGAGGCUUGCCGCAUUGCUUCAAUAACAUCAGCCAAAGCGCUAAUAAUCAUCAUAUCCAUUAUCCUUCUUUCACUAAUGUGUUAGUUAAUUCAGAACUCAUGUGGAAGGGAAUAGAAAGAGAGUUUGGGAAAAAUCUUGCUGGUAUGAGAAGCAUUGACAUGUCAAGCAACUGUUUGAUGGGGGAAAUUCCUCAAAGUAUAGCAAAUAUGACAGAGUUGAAAUCACUGAAUCUGUCAAGAAACUAUUUGACAGGAAAGCUUCCCGAAAACUUUGGUAACAUGAAGAUGUUGGAAUCUCUUGAUUUGUCAAGAAACCAGAUAUCUGGAAGAAUUCCGUCAGGCACCCAACUUCAGGGUUUUAAUGCUUCUGCAUAUAUGGGAAAUCUUGGACUUUGUGGACCACCGCUGACACCAAAUUGCCCACCAGAUGGAGCAACUCAAGCUGAUGAUAACAAGAAUAUGAUAAUGAUGGUCUCAUAA